AUGAGUGUACCCACAAUACUAUACUCAUGCACACCUGAACAAACGCAAGAAGUAUCCAACUUGGUGCAAGAUGCCAACAUCGCGAGCGCAAUUUGUCACAACUAUGACUGCAGUGUUUCAGCGGCAUCCUGUGUUCUUCGCUAUUUGGCGACUCAACAGCAGACACUCAUCGAAGAAGUUCAGCAAACGGCCAAAGCUGAGGUCUCGCUGAGCUUGGAUGUGGCCUUUGUUCUCUUCAGCGCAUAUCUUGUGUUUGGGCCAAUGCAGCUUGGUUUCGCGUUGUUAUGCGCUGGCGCAAUCCGCUCCAAGAACAGUAUGAACGUGCUCAUGAAAAACAUCCUCGACGCUUGCACCGGCGCCAUCGGGUUUUAUCUAUUCGGCUAUGCGUUCGCCUUCGGUCAUGAAGCCAAGAAGUCAUCCAACGGCUUCAUUGGAAAUUGGAAUUUCGCUUUGUCAUUCACGACAAAGGAGUCGUCCCUGAGCAACGUGUUGGAGUUUGACGACGACUUCCCUGAUGAGGGCUGGCACUCGUGGUUCUUCCAAUUUUCGCUGUGCGCCAUCGCCACCACCAUUGUGUCCGGGGCCGUGGCAGAGCGCUGCACCUUUGGCGCCUACCUGGCUUACAGCUUCUUCAUAUCCGCCUUCGUGUACCCGGUGGUAGCGCACUGGGUGUGGUCACCGGACGGCUGGCUCAGCGCAUUCAACACGUACGUGGGGGGACGCUACGCCCUCAUUCUCCGGUCGGGCGCUAUUGACUUUGCUGGGGCGGGUGUGGUGCAUGUGACCGGCGGCAUGGCAGCACUCAUGGGCGCGUGGAUCAUUGGACCACGCAUUGGCCGCUUUGACGCGUCUGGCAAGGUGAACGAGAUCAAGGGCCACUCUGCAACGCUGGUUGUGAUGGGCACCUUCUUGAUGUGGUUUGGCUACUACGGCUUUGCGCCAGGCGCCAACCUCAGCGUCGCCACUGCGGACGCCGCUGUGGUGGUGUCCCGUGUUGCGGUGACCACCACCCUGUCCGCCGCCUCUGCCGGCCUCACUACGUUAUUCUUGCGCUACGCCAUGUCAUCCACUUGGGACACAGUGCUUGUGUGUAACGGCUGCCUGGGGGGCCUGGUGGCCAUCACCGCGGGCUGCGCGGUGGUCGAGCCUUGGGCGGCGGUGCUGUGUGGCAGCGCUGCGGCGCUGGUGUUCGUUGGUUCGGACUACUUGUUGCUGUACAAGCUCAAGAUUGAUGAUCCCGUCAGUGCGGUCUCCAUGCAUCUGUUCUGCGGGCUGUGGGGUCUCUUCUUCCCCGGCUUGCUGGCCAAGCCGCAGUACAUGGCGGAUGUGUACGGGGAUGACGGCCUGGCCGACUCAGUGAAGGCAGCUGGAAAGUACGGCAUCCUGUACGGCGGUCACGGCCAAGUGCUAUUAUGCCAGCUUAUCGAGGCGGUCGCCAUCUGCCUCUGGGUGGGCCUUAUGAUGGGCACUUUCUUCUACGUGUUCAAAGCCGCCAAGCGGCUGCGGGUGCCUGUGGAUCAGGAGCUUGCGGGGCAGGAUGUUACCAAGGAGGGCGUCGAGCCGUACGACGGAGCCGGCGGAUCCGUUGGGCCGCAACAGGGCGUGGGCACUACUGCGGCAUUCGGUCCCGGGGCCACCGUCACCACCUCGGCCUUUUACAGCAAUGGCGAAGGGGAAGAAGGCGUCUCCGGAGGGUAUGCCACCAACGAUUGAGCCCCCGGGUUAGCCGCACGGCUGCGGCCGGCUCCUGCUGCAGAUCGACUUUAGAGGUUAGUUCGAGGGCCAGGCCUGCUGUAGGCUGGCCUGCUGCCGCCGCCUGCUGUGUUAGCUUUUGGAUCAGAUCCACAAAUGUAUCCAUUGAUUCCGGUUGGGCACUGUUGAAGUUGCUUAACUCGCUCAGAAACGGGAGUUUUAUGCUCGUGUGUGGUCGUGUGGGGAGGUGCAAACCUGGGGAAAAGGAAAGGAGGACAGCUUUGGCGGGCCCCUGGCCGUCUGCCCACCUGGAUGCACCUGGAU